AUUAGUGAUGGUUUUAUGACAUCCUGGCAGUUUCCCAACUGCCUAGGGGCCAUCGAUGGUAGACAUAUGAGGAUUCAAGCACCCAGAAAUUCAGGAUCGAAUUUCUUUAAUUAUAAACAGUUCUUCAGUAUGGUUAUGAUGGCAACGUGUGAUGCACAGUACAAGUUUACAUGGGUGGAUGUCGGACAGUUUGGACCGCGGGGACAGAAGCAUUAACAAUUCAGCCGUCCUACGGCACACACAUUUUUGGCCAGCCGUCUUACGGCAUACAAGCAUCGUCAAGUAGUCGGAGAGGACACACCUCUCAACAGAAGCAUUCGCAAGUCAGCCGUCUUACGGCAAACACACGUUUUGGACAGCUGCCGUGCGGCACACACAUAUUCUAAGAGCCGUCUUACGGCACGCUUUCGCCGGGCAGAACGCGUCUCGAAAUCGCCCUUGCCGCCUUGCUCAACCGGGAGUGCGCACGUCUCCAACUGCCUUUUCCUGCCUGCUCUAUCGCUUGUUUUCCACCGUUUUGCUUGCUUGCACGAGUUUUGCCACCGCAUGCCGAAAGAGACCCACGGAGCGGCCAAGUUCAAGGGACAGGACGAGGAUUGACGGAAUCACGGGGACGACGGCCGACACGGUGAGUCGCUUCGCUUAAUAUUUCGUUGCAUGCGUUUCUGCUUUCGCGUUAAACAUUUGAUAGUCGUGAGGGGAAAGCGACAACCCCCCUCUGGUCCUUCGAAUAUCGCAAAUCUUGCCUCCGGGGCGAAACUAUCCCCGUACAAUCGCCAAGUGGAAAGUUUGAGUUGUUUCCUUUUUUUUUAGGUUCCAUAAGUGAUGGCGGCGUAUGGGCCAACACUGAUUUUGCUGACGAUUUAGCAUCCGGAAAUGUGUCUUUGCCUGAUCCCAGCCCAAUUCCAGGAAAAGAGAGACCCUUCCCAUAUGUGUUUGUGGGGGAUGAAGCGUUCCCGCUCACAGAGUAUAUGAUGCGACCGUACCCAAGGAAAACACUGACCGAUGAAAAUAGAAUUUUCAAUUACCGUUUGUCCCGAGCACGGCGGGUAAUUGAGAACACUUUCGGAAUUUUGACUGCACGAUGGAAGAUCCUACAUAGACCACUUGCCAUGUCGCCUACCAACUGUGAAAAUAUCUUCAAGGUUCUUCCCUGUCUUCAUAAAUUAAUUAUGAUGGGUGAAAAAGGAAAAAAUUGAAAUGAUAGACAGUA